AUGAAGGCAAGCACUAACACAAGCACCAUGAAGGCAAGCACUAACACAAGCACCAUGAAGGCAAGCACUAACACAAGCACCAUGAAGGCAAGCACUAACACAAGCACCAUGAAGGCAAGCACUAACACAAGCACCAUGAAGGCAAGCACUAACACAAGCACCAUGAAGGCAAGCACUAACACUUACACAAGCACCAUGAAGGCAAGCACUGACACAAGCACCAUGAAGGCAAGCACUGACACAAGCACCAUGAAGGCAAGCACUAACACAAGCACCAUGAAGGCAAGCACUGACCCAAGCACCAUGAAGGCAAGCACUAACACAAGCACCAUGAAGGCAAGCACUAACACAAGCACCAUGAAGGCAAGCACUAACACAAGAACCAUGAAGGCAAGCACUAACACAAGCACCAUGAAGGCAAGCACUAACACAAGCACCAUGAAGGCAAGCACUAACACAAGCACCAUGAAGGCAAGCACUAACACAAGCACCAUGAAGGCAAGCACUGACCCAAGCACCAUGAAGGCAAGCACUGACCCAAGCACCAUGAAGGCAAGCACUAACACAAGCACCAUGAAGGCAAGCACUAACACAAGCACCAUGAAGGCAAGCACUAACACAAGCACCAUGAAGGCAAGCACUAACACAAGCACCAUGAAGGCAAGCACUAACACAAGCACCAUGAAGGCAAGCACUAACACAAGCACCAUGAAGGCAAGCACUGACCCAAGCACCAUGAAGGCAAGCACUAACACAAGCACCAUGAAGGCAAGCACUAACACAAGCACCAUGAAGGCAAGCACUGACACAAGCACCAUGAAGGCAAGCACUAACACAAGCACCAUGAAGGCAAGCACUAACACAAGCACCAUGAAGGCAAGCACUAACACCUACACAAGCACCAUGAAGGCAAGCACUGACACAAGCACCAUGAAGGCAAGCACUAACGCAAGCACCAUGAAGGCAAGCACUAACACAAGCACCAUGAAGGCAAGCACUGACACAAGCACCAUGAAGGCAAGCACUGACACAAGCACCAUGAAGGCAAGCACUAACACAAGCACCAUGAAGGCAAGCACUAACACAAGCACCAUGAAGGCAAGCACUGACACAAGCACCAUGAAGGCAAGCACUAACGCAAGCACCAUGAAGGCAAGCACUAACACAAGCACCAUGAAGGCAAGCACUGACACAAGCACCAGGAAGGCAAGCACUAACACAAGCACCAUGAAGGCAAGCACUAACACAAGCACCAUGAAGGCAAGCACUAACACAAGCACCAUGAAGGCAAGCACUAACACAGGCACCAUGAAGGCAAGCACUAACACAAGCACCAUGAAGGCAAGCACUAACACAAGCACCAACACAAGCACCAUGAAGGCAAGCACUAACACUUACACAAGCACCAUGAAGGCAAGCACUGACACAAGCACCAUGAAGGCAAGCACUAACGCAAGCACCAUGAAGGCAAGCACUAACACAAGCACCAUGAAGGCAAGCACUGACACAAGCACCAGGAAGGCAAGCACUAACACAAGCACCAUGAAGGCAAGCACUAACACAAGCACCAUGAAGGCAAGCACUAACACAAGCACCAUGAAGGCAAGCACUAACACAAGCACCAUGAAGGCAAGCACUAACACAAGCACCAUGAAGGCAAGCACUAACACAAGCACCAUGAAGGCAAGCACUAACACAAGCACCAUGAAGGCAAGCACUAACACAAGCACCAUGAAGGCAAGCACUAACACAAGCACCAUGAAGGCAAGCACUAACACUUACACAAGCACCAUGAAGGCAAGCACUGACACAAGCACCAUGAAGGCAAGCACUGACACAAGCACCAUGAAGGCAAGCACUGACCCAAGCACCAUGAAGGCAAGCACUAACACAAGCACCAUGAAGGCAAGCACUAACACAAGCACCAUGAAGGCAAGCACUAACACAAGCACCAUGAAGGCAAGCACUAACACAAGCACCAUGAAGGCAAGCACUAACACAAGCACCAUGAAGGCAAGCACUAACACAAGCACCAUGAAGGCAAGCACUAACACAAGCACCAUGAAGGCAAGCACUGACCCAAGCACCAUGAAGGCAAGCACUGACCCAAGCACCAUGAAGGCAAGCACUAACACAAGCACCAUGAAGGCAAGCACUAACACAAGCACCAUGAAGGCAAGCACUAACACAAGCACCAUGAAGGCAAGCACUAACACAAGCACCAUGAAGGCAAGCACUAACACAAGCACCAUGAAGGCAAGCACUGACCCAAGCACCAUGAAGGCAAGCACUAACACAAGCACCAUGAAGGCAAGCACUAACACAAGCACCAUGAAGGCAUUGAAGAAGAUGACAAAGUCUGGGAUCGUGUCUUUCAUUCAGACAGAAGACAUGUUUUAUUGUUUCACUCUCUGGGACUCUCCUCGGUCAUGGAACUGGAACUCGGUCUCGGUUGGUCCCAAACUGGACCUGGUCUCGGCCUUCUCCUCGGCUCUGCGGGCUCACACAGACCUGCGGCUGGGGUUGUACCACUCCCUGUUCGAAUGGUUCCACCCGCUCUUCCUCCUGGACCAGCACAACUCCUUCAGCACGGACCUGUUCCCCACGACCAAAACCCUACCCGAGCUCCGGGACCUGGUUCUGAGGUUCAAACCGGACCUGGUCUGGGCCGACGGGGACGGGAACGCUCCGGACUCCUACUGGAACAGCACAGGCUUCUUGGCCUGGCUCUACAAUGACAGCCCAGUGCGAGACACGGUGGUGACUAACGACCGCUGGGGUUCUGGUUCCAUCUGUCGUCACGGCGGGUUCUACACCUGCUCGGACCGGUACCAGCCGGGACACCUGCUGAGGCACAAGUGGGAGAACUGCAUGACCAUCGACCAGAAGAGCUGGGGCUACAGGAGGGAGGCCCGGCUCCAGGACUACCUCAGCUCCAAGCAGCUGGUCUCUACCCUGGUGGAGACCGUAGCGUGCGGAGGAAACCUGCUGAUGAACAUCGGUCCAACACACGAUGGAAGAAUCGCUCCGAUCUUUGAGGAGCGACUCAGAAACGUGGGGGCGUGGCUUAAAGUCAACGGAGGCGGAGUCUACAACAGCACCACCUGGAGGCGGCAGAACGACACUGUCACUGCAGACAUAUGGUACACCUGUAACCUGCAGCAUCAGCAGAUCUUCGCCUUCCUGCUGCAGUGGCCUGAGUCCGGGACCGUAGUCCUGGCCGACCCCAUGGUCACUGAGGGCGUCACCCAGGUGCAGUUGUUGGGAUUUGGACCGGUCCAGUUCAGUCCAAUAAAACCCUCUGGUCUCAAAGUGGUUCUUCCUUCUCUGACGCUGCAGCAGAUGCCCUGUCAGUGGGCCUGGACCCUGGAGAUCUCAGGAGCCAAGUGA